AUGCUAAAAAACAAGCAUCCUGACCCUAUUGCCUCAUCCAUACGUAUUGAAUUAUCAGAAGGCUUUGGUUGGGAAAGGGGGAAUGUCCAAGUCUAUGGUCCUGGCACUUUAUUUCAAGGCAUGUAUGUAGUGUUGAUAAUCAAAACAAGCGACUCACUUUUUAAUAAUAAUAUCAAAGGUCACGUCAUUCUACGAACCAAUGCACACUCAAGGAAAGCGACUACACUUCGACUAUUGUUCCAAGCUACGGAAGCGAUGCUAAACCAUGACCUUGGUCCUGGUGUCCAGCGAUCACAUACGUCCAAAUUGUUUGGUGUCGCUACUAACCUGUGGGAAAAAGGUCCAGACAAUGAACUUCAGCCAAUGGCUACCUACAAAUUUUUAUUCACCAUUCAGAUGCCAAUGGUUCAGUUCCCUCCGUCUGUCGAGCACCAGUACUACCGAUGCAAUUAUAAAUUAACAGCCUAUUUGGAUCCGUCUUUAGCCUAUAAGGAAGUGCCCGUCAUGGCACAUACAUGUGUCAAUUACAUUCCUUUAAUUGAGACCAAGCUACUAAAGUCACCAUUAACACUAACAGACGUGAAAAGGCGGAUGAUCCUGCAAGACUUGCGGUUGAAUAUUUCUGCCACGGUGAAGCUGCAUGCAGUCGAAUACGUUGCAGGUGACAUGAUUCAGGCAACAAUCCGUGUAACGGAUAUACACAGAAAUAAGAACAAGAAUCGCUCCUUGACGCUUAACGAUCUGAGCGUUACGAUGAGUGUUUUUCAAAUUUCAAAGUUUAAUUCGGAUAAUAAGCCUAUACUGAACAAACUUGUUGCUACAAGAACACACAUUCUGAAGAACAAUAGACAGCGCGUGGACAAUACACAAGAUGACACAGGCCAGAUCCAUCAGGUACAACUUGAGCUAGACGAGUCACUGCCUCCUUCCAUGGAAUUCAGUGAAAUCAUGUCCCUGUCGUACAAACUGGUUAUUUCUGUUCACAAAACUAUAGUUACCACCAAGAAAAACAAUAAAAAGCUCUUGAACAUUAAGAACUUGCUUCUUCCGUGGACAAAUGACUUGCACAUCUUUGAGCAACCUAUCAUUAUUGGAACCAUGGGAAGAGGAAUUCGCACGGGUGACGAGUUGGAUGUAUAUUCCAAGUACAAAAGGACGGAUAAUCCCAUACCACACCCUAAAUUCUUACAAACGGUCGAAUACGAAGAUGCGUUGCCCUUAUAUGACCCAAGUCGAUUACCAUCUUAUCAUAACCUGUCACGGAGUAAUAGUUCUACAUAG